GGUAGGCUCCUGCUCCUCCAUCGCUGUGUCUGUUUCACUUCCGGUUCACUGACAUAGGGGAAAAAAGCUUUUGCGCUGCGAGAUCUCGCAAAACAUCCAUGUCCCUUUAGGGGCUCCGUAGUUUUUUGUAGUAUUAUGUUUAUUUAAUUUUAUUUUUUUUUGCAAUGUAUGCACUUUUUUCUGGUUUGAGCACCAGCCAUAGAAAAUGUCUGUGCACGUGCUUGUGGAUGGAUAGAAGUUAUUUACAUUUUUAAAGUUUAGUUGUCGAUUAUCUGUUUUUUAAGACAAGAAAAAAAAGCCUUUAUUUUGGAAACAAAAAACGCUGUCAAGUAGAGAACGGAAGUUGCUGAUCUUUGGCGCAUGCGCAAACUACUUGCCGCAAAGGGAAAAGAUUUAUGUGGCUGUGGCUUUUCGGAGAAUCACAGCGAAUAUUGCAUAAAAUACCUCAAAAGUCAUAUUUACCGAAGCCGCGAAACGGGCGUUGAAUUUUGAGCGAUGGAGUGUCAUUUGAAGUGAAGAUUGAAGACGUGAUAGAAGAUGGACGACUACUGCUAUGCUAAGAUGGCGACGUCCGCUAAAAGAGAACAUGAAAGAGAAUCAGCGCCACCAACUUCCAGCAAAUCACCAACGGAGGUAAAGACGAAAGAUGAAGACGUUCAGCAGCUGAUUGGUCAUCCAGAAGAACUUCCCUCUCAGUCAGGGGGGAGCUCCCCUUUGAAGCAGGAGACUCCACAACCACCCUACAUUAAAAAGGAAGAGGAGGAACUCUGGAUCACUCAGGAAGGAGAUUUUUUUCUUGGAUUGCAAGAAGCUGAUCUCACCAAGUUACCACUGACUGUUGUCUCUGUGAAGCCUGAAGAUGAUGAAGAGAAACCACAAGUAGACAACUUCUUAGCUCCACUAUCAGAAAGUGAGGCUGAAGACGAUGUUGAAGAACCUUUGAGCAGCGAUACAGACUGUGAAGGUGAUAUGAGGACUCACACUGACAACAAACACUCUGAAUACUCAAAAAAGAAGGAAGGUGAAAAAUGUGUGAGCUGCUCAUUUUGUGCUAAAAGCUUCACUAAAAAGAGCAGUUUGACUCAACAUGUGAGAGCACACACAGGAGAAAAACCAUUUACUUGUUCUGUUUGUGGUAAAGGCUUUGCUAGAAAGAGCAGUUUGACUCAACACAUGAGAACACACACAGGAGAAAAACCAUUUAAUUGCUCGGUUUGCCAUAAAAGCUUUACGACUAAGUGUAAUUUGACCCAACACAAGACAAUCCACACAGGAGAAAAAGCCAUUAGUUGCUCAGUUUGUUGUAAAGGCUUUAUUAAAAAGAGCCGUUUGACUGAACACAUGAGAACACACACGGGUGAAAAACCAUUUUGCUGUUCAGUUUGUGGCAGGAGCUUUUCUAUUAAGAGACGUUUAACUCAACACAUGGAAACACACAGAGGGCAAAAAACAUUUAAUUGCUCAGUUUGCAGUAAAGUCCUUGUUUCUAGACAGGGUUUAUUUCGACACAUGUGUAUACACACAGGCGAAAAACCAUUUCAUUGUUCACUUUGUGGUAAAACAUUUUCUCGAAAGAGCAAUUUGACUCAACACAUGAAAACACACACAGGAGAAAAAACAUUUAGUUGUUCAGUCUGCGGCAAAAGAUACCGCCACAAUGCAGACGCAUUGACACACAUAAGAACACACCAGGUACAACAACCAAUCAGCUGAUUAGUUUGUGGUAUGUUGCUCAUAUGUGGCGACAUCUACCCAAUCGCAGGAUCUUCUCAAAUGAAGUUUACUGCUUCUUACAAAAACAUUUGAGUUAUUUGUACAAACUGUGAUUGUUUGGGGCAUAAAUGUAUCUCCUCGCGACCCCAUGUCUUCUGUGUGUCUGAUAUUUUCCUGAAUAGGAAGAUAGAUGAUGCUUGUAGCGCUUGGUUACUCCUUCUUCAGACGAGACAGACUUGGUGAGUCGAGCUGGGGAGGAAUUGUAGUCUUCUUCAGUGAUGCUUUUUUCAUGAAUCGAUCUGCCAGGCCAGGACACAUCACUACAAUGUUGCUUCAUUGCAUUUGCACAUCACAUAUGAUCUGUACUUUGAUCCUAUUAAAUAUGUUUCCUGUUAGGACCGCACAAUUUUGUGAAGGAACCCAAUUGCGAUUUUUCCCUCAAAAAUUGCAAUUGGAUUUCAAUUAGUGACUUUUGUAUUUUAAACAUGUACAAAACCCAAAACCAGUAAAGUUGUCGCGUUGUGUAAAUGGUAAAUAAAAACAGAAUACAAUGAUUUGCAAAUCAUUUUCAACUUAUAUUCAAUUGAAUAGACUGCAAAGACAAGAU